AUGGCCUCUCCCCAAACAAUCCCCUACGUCACUCUUGACGUCUUCACCAAAACCAUCUUCUUCGGCAACCCUCUGGGAGUCGUCUUCCUCCCCUCCCCCACAGCCCUAACCCAAACCCAAAAACAAGAAAUCGCCAAGGAAUUCAAUUACUCAGAAACCAUUUUUGUGCACCCCAUUGAUCCUCAAAAGCCUACGCAGCAGAGAAUUGAUAUUUUCACUACGACCAACGAGUUGCCCUUUGCGGGCCAUCCGACUGUCGGUGCUGCGUCAUGGGCUCUCUAUUUAUCCCCUGACAAGGGAGAUGUCAAUACGCUUUUGACGAAAGCUGGUCCGAUACCAAUCUCCCUGAGACCAACAGGCGAUGAAGUUGCAGCGCUGAUCCCGCAUGAUGUGAGGAUACAUCAGAAGAAGUUCCCCGUUCAGGAAUUAUUGAGAUUGCAUCCUACUGUUAAGCCGUUCCUUGAUUUGACGGCAAACCAAGAUGGAUUCCCGGUAGUGUCGAUUGUGAAUGGCAUGACGCAGAUUCAUGUUGAAUUGCCGAGUCUCGGGGCUUUGGCUGCUGUUGGACCGGCGGCCGGGGGAGAAUCGGUUCCUGCUGUUGAUACUACCCAGGGUGGGUAUCUAGAUGAAGGAUGGGGUGGACACGGUCUCGUCGUUAUUUAUUUCUAUGUCAGAGGUGUUGCGGAUGAAGUCACUGGCAAGAAAGUCAUUAGGACAAGAAUGUUCCUGGAAUCAGAGGAAGAUCCGGCUACGGGAAGUGCGGCGAGCGGUUUGGCUGCGUUCCUUGUUUUGAAAGAUGCUGCUGCUGGUCAAGUUCGCGAUGACUUCCAUUUUGUGCAAGGUGUGGAGAUGGGACGUAGAAGUGAUAUUGGUCUGCGCGUCAGUUUGAAGGCAAAUGGGGAGGGGAUUGAGUCGGUCGAACUGAGCGGAAGUUCGGUCAAGGUUGCCAGUGGAGAAAUUAGGGUAAACUGA